AGCUCUGCAUCCGUGGCUCUACUUUGUUGGCGACCAAGUUGAGAACAGUAGCAUACAAAUUUUAGUUCUGUCCUAAACAUUUUUACCCUCAAUGAACCGCGUUUUGUAUAAUGUCCGAGAAUGUCAAUUUCUGGAACUCUCAGCAAUUAUUAUGUCGAUUCCAUCAUAAGUCAUGAAAGCGAAGACCCGACUACAGCCAAGUUCUCCGGUGUACAGUACUCCAGUUCCAGGCAGACGGCAGAACACAGUGACCAUCCCGAAUUCCCCUCCUGCAGCUUCCAGCCCAAGCCACCGGUUUUCGGCGCCUCCUGGAAUCCUUUUAGUCCCCACGCCUCCAAUGGUUUGCCCGCAGUCUACCAUCCUUAUAUUCCGACUCAGCCCGUGCCGUCGACGGACUCUAGAUACCUUCGCACUUGGCUUGAGUGCGCCCCAAGGUCCGAGUCACUGGCCGGACAUGGGCAAGUAAAGCUCGAACCGCUUUUGGGACAUCUCGGGGAACCCCCCAAAAUCGGAGGACACGAGUACAUUUUGGAGUCUUCCUCGGCUAGAGAGUUUAAUUCCAAUCAAGGCUCCGGCUUCGAGGACAAUAAGGAUGUUUGUGAAGGUAGCGAGGACAAAGAAGGUGCAGAUCAAAAUGACCCAUCUGCCAACUGGCUCCACGCCCGGUCAUCUCGGAAGAAGCGGUGUCCGUAUACGAAAUACCAAACCCUGGAGCUGGAGAAAGAGUUCCUCUUCAACAUGUACCUCACCCGGGACAGGAGGCACGAAGUAUCGCGCCAACUGAACUUGACUGAGAGACAAGUUAAAAUAUGGUUCCAGAAUCGACGGAUGAAAAUGAAGAAGAUGAAUAAGGACCAGCCCAAAGAUUAGUCCUGGCAUGGUCAACAACCCCCCUCCCCGCCCCCAACUACAAGGAUGGAUUCCGCUCUAAAAAAUCUCUCCCUCUUCCCUACACCAUGAACAGUUAGAUUAGUAGAAUCUUGUGCGUUUGUUUUUCAUUCAUAUUUUCGAAGAAAAUCCCAUUAUAAUGUUCUGUAAUAGUUUGUGAGUUGACCUUAGAACAGGUGUUUUUUAUUUUAAAUAUGUAACGUUGAUUAUUAAAAAUUCAUAUAGACCUAAA